AUGGCUGACAAGUUUGGGCGUUCUGUCAGACAAUGCGAGGACUGGGUUGAUCUGAAAGCGCAAGAGUUGGCCUCCUUCGAUCAACAAUGCGACUAUUUGAGCGCCUCAAUAGUCAUCAAGCGCAUGGAGUUACUACAAGCUGAGAUUUCCCUGAGGGAACCAAUCAAUCUCACUCUCAAAUCCCAAGUGGAAUAUUUUUCUCAGCAAAACUAUAAUUUGGAUCCUCAAGUCCUUCAAAGGUUCCGAUUUGGGUCUGAUUUGUGCAGAUUUGAGGACUAUAACUGUAAAUGGGGUGAACUGGUUGACAAAUAUGCUGAAAUUAGUCACAAGUUUUCCACAUUCAGGAUAGUGGAGGCACUCUCUGCGCGAAUAGACAAUCUAAACCAAGAAAUGGACUGCAUUAUGGCCAAUCUAUCUUCGUUUAGUUUCCGGAAUGUGAAGCAGAUCGACGCCCUCAACGACGACAGUGCGACAUUGGCGAAGGAACUAGACUGGACCGAGUCAUGUCUGGCUGUUCUUAGGGAGGACUAUGAAAAAGUAGACAACACAGAGGAGACGGACAAAUUUGGAGAACAGUUGAAUGGAUUGGAGUCUCGGAUGUCGACAAUGAGGGAAAUAAUGUCGGUUAGGACAGGGAAACUGAGGGAACUUCAAGACAACUUUGAGUUGUCACAAUCUGCAAAUGAGUUCUACUACUGGCUGCAACAGCAACUACUUCUGUCGACGGACAAUGGUGAUUCCGUGGAAUCAACAAUGACAUUGAUAAACGAGUUGAAGGUGUUGGGAGUGUUUUAA